AACCCUAACACAGCGCAAUUCCCAAUCUUGUAAAGAUCGAAGAAGGAAAAUGAUUAUCGAUGAGAAUGAUUCUGAUAAUAGAAUCAGUUGCGAAGAUCUAAAAUCUCUAAUCGAACUCAUACUUGAUCUAAAUUUAUGUAAAAACGGAAAAGAUGGAGAAGAUCAGCAACAAAAAAUGUUGCGCGACAAAGUAAAUAUGUUGGAAGGGAAGGUUUUAGAACUUACUUCUGUUUUCGAACAUCAACAACAGAAGUUGAAAGACAUUGAGGAACAGCUUUGUAUUCGCAAGGUGGAGGAAGCCAAGAGAGAAACGGCUUGUUUGACGUCCAACAAAGCUUUACUUGUGCUAGCAGCAAAGUUUUAUCAAAAAUUAAUCGAAUUGAGAUCAAAGGCACUUGCCGAAGCAGAAUCAGAGUAUUGCAGGCUUCAAAAAGGGAGAGCUAGGCAACCACAAGGCUGUCGAGUAGGAAGUGGAGGAGGAGGAGGUGCAUGUACAUCACAAAAAUUAACAACCAAUGAUGCCCUUGCUUACGUUAAGGCUGUGAGGGACAAAUUUCGUGAUGAAAGGGAGAAAUACGAUGAAUUCCUCAACAUCAUGAAUGAUUUCAAGGCCAAAAAAAUUGACACGCUAGGUGUUGUGGCAAGGGCUAAAGACUUAUUUAAAGGCCAUCCAGACCUUAUUUUAGGCUUUAAUACCUUCAUGCCGGAAGGAUAUGAGAUUCCCACCACAACCGAGGAUGAACCUUCACUGAAGAAGGCUUAUGAAUUUGAGGAUUUCGUGAUAUAUCUGAACAAAGUACAGGCACGGUUUCAGAAUGAUGAUCAUGUGUUAGAAUCGUUCUUGGGGGUGCUAUUAGAUGUUUUAGUCAAGAGCAAAUCCAUAGCUGAGGUCUACAAUGAGAUGGAGAUCAAUCCCACCUCAGACGUAACAAAGGUGGCGGGUGCUGAAGGUCAACUUUGGAAGAUUAGUAUGAAGGAGCAGGUACAUACUAUGGCAGGUUAUAGCAAAUAGUACAAUAAUAAAAAUCCUGAUUCUGAUUUCAUAUCAGUUCAAACUCAUCAAAUACGUACAUAAGAUAUGUCAUGGAUUUAAAUACCUGUGAAUUGUGAUAUCGGUCUCUAAGCUGAUCAAAUUUACUUAGCGUAUCGAAACAAAUACUACUUGGUUUUAAAAAUAUUAUGACUGAAUGAGGGUUACAAAAACAAGGUGGGUGUCCAAUUUAAGAGGCCUUUAUUAAAGGGAGAAACAUGGAAGUACAUUGCUGGUGUUUUGAGAUUAGUCUCAUGAGUCUAUGGAUGAACCACAUUCUGUUGCAAGUAGCAAGUUUUACUCUACUACUCGGACAAACAU